AUGACGGAUACAGCAGCCACUAUAUGGAUUUCAUCAGCCGCUUUAUAUAAUGAGAGUCCUAGAAAAGGGUCUGGAAAGCCCCUGCUCCUCUCACUGCGGCACAAUGAGCGGCGCUUUGGUGAGCAGUUGAAGGAGGUUCACUUCCUUAAACCUGACUAUGCCGACACAAUCAAGAUUAAUAUUACUGGUAUCUUGCGGAAAUGGAAGACAUACUGCAAAGAAAACGAGCUGGGCGACUGGAAAUGCGUAAUCAACAAGGCUGACUGA